GUACAACGGGUCUCUUACAUAUGGUAAAAAAAAUGCUAAUAUUCCUUUUUUUACAGAGUUCCAUACUUCAUUCCAUUAUUAUUGCCGCCUCAAAUUUUCAUUCCCUCUCAAAAUAAAUUUCUUAAACCCUUCCAAUUCAUCAAAGAAAACCCUCUUCAAAUUUUCAAUUUCACCACUAAUUUUCUACAGAUUGCCGAAAGUCCAUUCAUCUCUUUCAUUUUUCAUCAAAAUCCCAAAUGCACAUUGGAUUUCUGGGUUACUGCAUGCGGCCACUGAUAUUGCUAGUUGAGUAGCAGCGUGCUCAUCUUUGGGUUUUCUUCGAAAUCACAAAAAAAAAAGGAACGAAACAGCAGCUCCUCCACGGCUCCACCGCAAUCAAACUUAAAGGUUAGAAUUUUGGCUCAAUUGAUGCAUGUAUGCUUUGUUAGGGUUUUAUUUAUUGAUAAUUUUUUUGUUUCUGAAUUUUUUCAUUUAAUUCACUUUAGAAUUAUUGUUUUGUUUGCGGAAAUGAAAUAUUGAAAUAAUAAUUGGUUCUUGUUCAACAUUUGUUGGUGAAUCUGCUAUUAUAGAAAUGAGGCAGUAAGUGUAUUAAAAUUAGUUUAGUUAAUAAAAAUUUGUUCUUGUUCGACAUUUAACAUUAACCAGUAAGUCAGUUAAUGUUGGCAAUCGAAUAUGCCAUUAUUUUAGUAAUGUUGGGUUGCCUAUUAAAAUUUGUAAGUGUAUUCAGAUUUCUGCUGCUUGAAAUUUCAUAUCAAGUGUUGGUUCAUGGUUUAAGUUUCUUUGCUUUAUGAUGGUUUUAGUUUAUGUGCUUUAUGAUGUUUAAUGUUCUGGGUUUUUGUUUUGAGGUUUUAUUGUGAUGAAGAGAGAGAUAAUUUGUUGUUUGAAUUUCCCUUCAAAUUCUUCAUUAUUUUAGAUUGUAUGACAUCUUUAAUGUUGGUUGGGAUUUCAAAUUGUGUGUUUUUUUUUUUUUUUUUUUUUUAUUAAAAAUGCACUAUGGAAUCAUGCAUGUACACAAAUUGUCAAUUUUGUUGCUAAUUGGUUCCUGAGUUAUGUUUUUUGUCAAUUUAAUAAUUAGAAGAUGAGGGGAAAGGUGUAGGGAGAGGGGCAGGGGCAGGAUGGGAUUAAUAAUUUUAGUUGUUGUUGUGUAGAAAAUAUUAAAUGGAUCGAAGUUGGAUAACAACAACUAAGCCAGGUGACCCAAAAAUAUCAAGCAGGUGUAAGAGAAUUUGUUAAGUUUGCAGUUAAGAAUAGUGCAGGCCGCCAUAAGCUACCAUGCCCUUGUCACAUGUGCCAUAAUUUCUUGUAUAAGAGACCCGAAGAGAUACUUAAUCACUUGGAGAAAUGGGAAUUUGACAAAACAUAUACGUGUUGGAUUUGGCAUGGAGAAUGUAGAGAUGGAGCUUCGGUGAGUAACUUUUCAGAUAAUGCUUAUGAAGGUCAACAUACAAAUGAGGGAGAUAGAUUAGAGGAAGUGCUCCAUGUAGUACAGGAGAAUUUUGAUGAAGAUCCCACUAAAUUUGAGAGCUUAUUAAGUGACUCUGAAAAGCCUUUGUAUGAAAGUUGCACUAAAUACACAAGGUUGUCUGCCAUACUUAAGUUGUACAACUUGAAGGCGGGUCAUGGUUUAAGUGAUCAAAGCUUUAAUAUGAUCCUAGAAUUGGUAAAAGACAUGCUUCCAGAUGAUAAUGUCCUUCCAAGUUGUACAUAUGAGGCAAAAAAGACACUAAGUGUCAUGGGUUUACCUUAUUAGAGAAUUCAUGCUUGCCCUAACGAUUGCAUGUUGUAUCGAAACGAGAAUAAAUCAUUAGAGAGAUGCGCAAUUUUUAAUGCCUCGCGAUACAAAAAGAAUGAAGGACGAGUGCCUGCGAAGGUAUUAUGGUACUUUCCAAUACAUAGGUUUAAAAGGCUAUUUUCUAAUGCCGGAGAUGCUGAAAAGUUAACAUGGCAUGUCUAUGGUCGAGAGGAUGAUGGAAUGCUUAGACAUCCUGCUGAUUCCCCACAAUGGAGGUUUAUUGAUGGAGAAUUUCCAGAAUUUGCCAAAGAAAAGCGUAAUUUACGCCUUGCUUUGUCUACAGAUGGCUUCAAUCCAUUUAGAUCAUUGAGUAGCACUUAUAGUACAUGGCCAGUUGUUUUGAUUACCUACAAAUUACCUCCUACACUUUGCAUGAAAAGAAGGUAUAUGAUGUUAUCACUACUAAUUUCUGGUCCAAGGCAGCCUGGUAAUGAUAUUGAUGUGUAUCUGGCUCCACUAAUUGAUGAUUUGAAGAUAUUGUGGGAAACAGGUGUAGAGGUGUUCGAUGCACAUCGUAACGAGAAUUUCAAUUUGAAAGCAUUGUUGGUUUGUACUAUUCAAGAUUUUCCAGCAUAUGGUAAUCUAUCAGGAUACACAGUUUACGGGAAAACUGCUUGUCCCGUAUGCAUGGAAGGUUUUCCAGGAAGGUGGUUGAGUGUAUCUAAGAAGAAUGUUUUUGAUGGAAAUUGUAUAUUUUUUCCAUGUACUCAUCACUAUCGCAACUUGAAAAAGGCCUUCAAUGGACAUCAAGAGUUUAGGGUGCGCCCUAAGAUACUAUCUGGAGUAGAGGUGUUUGAAAAGAUCAAAGAUCUCAAGAUCACAUAUGGUAAGAAGCAUAAAAAACUUCUUGCUCAGCAAGGAUUCAAAAAGUGUUCAAUAUUGUGGAUCUUACCAUAUUGGAAAUUCCUUUUUGUGAGACAUACGCUUGAUGUGAUGCAUAUUGAGAAAAAUGUGUGUGAUAGUGUUAUUGGUACACUAUUGAACAUUAGUGGAAAGACCAAAGAUGGGGAGAAAGAUAGAGAUGACUUAAAGGAAAUGGGGAUUAGAGAUGAACUCCAUGUGGUUGAGAAUGAGAAUGGUCAAAAGUACUUGCCACCGGCUGCUUAUACCCUCUCUAGAAAAGAGAAAAUCGAGUUAUGUCAGAGCUUUGCCGGAGUGAAAGUGCUGGAAGGUUAUUCUUCUAACAUUCGCAACCUGGUAAACAUGGAAAGUUUGAAACUUAUGGGCCUUAAGUCUCAUGAUUGUCAUGUUUUGAUGCAAAAUUUGUUGCCCGUAGAUAUUCGUUCAAUAUUGCCUAAAAAUGCUCGAUAUGCCAUUAAUAGACUUUGUUUGUUUUUUAAUGCAAUCUAUAGUAAAGUCAUUGAUCCCGAACAUUUGAAUGCUUUGGAGGAAGAAUUGUUAUAAUUUUAUCUCAAUUAGAGAUGUACUUUCCUGCAUCUUUUUUUGAUAUCAUGGUUCAUUUGACGGUUCACUUGGUAAGAGAGAUAAGAUUUUGUGGUCCAAUAUAUUUGAGAGUUCAAUGGGCUUUUGAAAGGCAAAUGAGAACAUACCAAGGGUAUGUGAAGAAUGCUUAUCGACCUGAAGGUUGUAUUGCUGAGCAACUUUUCUAUGAAGAAGUACUACAAUAUGCUGGUGAUUUUAUGAUAAAUUCAAUGAGAAUAGGGAUUCCUACAUCCCGUCAUAGUGGACGAAUGGAUGGUGUGGGAACCUUAGGUCGUAAGCAACGUGAUAUAUCUUAUGACAAUUGGAACAAGGCACACUCAUACAUUCUGCAUAAUGAGGAUGAAGUUGCACCCUAUGUUGAAAGACAUAUGAGACACUUGAGAAAGUACAAUCCAAGAGCAAGCGAAAAGGCAUUAGAUGACAAACAUAGAAAAUCAUUCAUUUCUUGGUUCAAAGAUGAAGUAAUGAGGGAGCUCGAUGACUCUUCAAUAGUAAUCUCAGAUCGAGUCAAGAGUUUAGCAUAUGGACCUGACUUUAGUGUAACAUACUAUUCAGGAUAUGUUAUAAAUGGUUGCACUUUUUACACAAAGUUCCAAGAUGAGCACAACACUAUGCAAAACAGUGGGGUCACUUUAGAGGAUCAAGCUAUUCACUUUGCUAGUGCAAAAGAUAAGAAUCCCGUGGGUGGUACUAUGAGAUACUAUGGAGUCAUUGAAGAGAUUUGUGAGUUGCAUUACACCAUGUUUUCGAUUCCUCUUUUCAAAUGCCAAUGGGUUGACAGCAACAACGGUGUUGAAGAAAGUAACUUGGGACUUAUUUUGGCCAAUCUUAACAAGGUUGGUCACAAAGAGGAUCCUUUUAUUUUAUCUACCCAAGCAAAACAAAUUUUUUAUAUGACUGACCCCUUAGAUAAGCGAAGGUUAGCUGUCAUAACACCAAGGCCUCGACACUCCAUCGAUGAUUUUACUUUCGAUUGUGUGUUGGAGACUCCUUCUUGGACAAGAAAAGUAGUGGACGAUAAUGUUGAUGACUCAGCUCUUCAAUAUAUGUGAGAGAUGAUCAUAAUGAGGUUACAUGGGUUGAAGAUACAAAGAAGCGAAAAAAUGUCAAGCGAAAGCGAUCUCGUAACAAAUGUAAUUUUUUAUUUUUUUUUUAUAAAGUACUAACUUUUUUUUUUAUUAUUGGUUUUUCCUUAGGAUGUCCUACUUAAAAUUUUUGUUUCAUUAUUACAAUGAUUUUUGCAUUUAACUAACCUAUUAAAUUUAUUUUUCUAAUUUUUUUAUAGGUUGAUGGCUAGAAAGAGAAAACGUAAACGCCCAUCCAAUGAAGGUGACACACUACAUCCUGAGGAUUCUGAGAAAAUAAGGCGUGAGGAUGAGAGGGGUCGUACUGUACUUGCUAUGGUGGGGAAGGUGAUCCAAGCAGGCACCAAGAUUCGUUUACAAUGGCAUCCUAUUAAAGAAUUCCAGUAGGAGAGCACAAAUCUCAUUUCUCCACCUACAUUGGUGUUGUUGCCCGUGAAAGAGUAACGAUUACUUAUAAGGAGUGGUCUGACCUUCCAAAUGGAGUCUUAGACGAAGUCUACAAUGCUAUCACAAAGGGAUUUUAUGUCAUCGAGAAUCGCAGAAAUUGGAUACUGACACAAGCUUCUAAGCGAUGGAAAGCUUUCAAGACUAGGCUAAGACUUGAUGGAUGUAUCUAGAAGAUGGAGCUGUCAGACAACAACCCCCAUGGAAAUAUCCAUUCAUAAAAGAUACAGAUUGGGAGAUCUUCUUCAAAUAUUGUACUUCAAAGGAGUUUCAGGAAUUGAGUGAAAAAAUUCGUGUGAGGGCAAAGAAGAAGACCUCAAAGUAUCGAGGAGGCCGACUUGGGUAUCAAUAUUUUGAAGAACAAAUAAAAAAGAACUUGAAAAACAGGGUGUCACAAGUGCCUCGACAAUUGACUUGGAUCAAAGCUCAAUCUGAGGUCAAAGAUGGAAUCAUUUUUUUGAUAAUCCAGUCGAUAGGGAAAUCCAUUAAGCUAUAAUUGCAGUGGAGGCUCAAGCUCAAAGAGGAGAAUUCGUGUGCAAUGGUCGGGAUGACUUAUUAGCAAGAGCAUUGAAUAAGAGUGAGCAUGGUGGUUCAGUGACGGGAGUUGGAUCAGGUAUCACAAAUAAGGAAUAUUUUGGGUUUAACAAACCAACUGCACCAAGCCAAUUGUAUGCAAAAAUCGGAAUGAUGCAAUUAGAGAUGGGAACUAUGAAAAAUAAUCAGAAUUUAUUAUUGUCUUUCAUCAUUUCAUGCUUAAAUCAAGAGCAAUUGAAAUCGUUCAUGGCCAUCUUUGGUCAAUCAAAUGCUGGUCAAUUUGGCAGUUUGGGUGGGCUGGUUGGCCAAUUUGGCAAUGGUGGUAGUCAGCCUGGUGGUCAGUCUAGUUCUGGUGGUCAGUCUGGUCAUGGUCAACAGGUUGGUUCUUCUGGUCAGACUAGUUUUGGUGGUCAGAGUGGUUUUGGUUUUGGUGGUCAAGCUGAAUUCGGUGGUUUGGUGGUCUUGAUGGUAAUAGGUUAGGUUUUACCCAAUUAAAUAAUUUUGUUAACCAUGGAAUGCUUAACAUUCCACUUACACAGCUGCUAACUAGAGGGGUUGAGAAACAACAAAGUGAAGGUCAUCAAUUGUUGGAGUCUCAAUUUCAGGAUGCUGCUAAUGUUUCACGUGGUCAUGAGGCUAACAUAAGUCCUCCCGUGCAACAGGAUCAUCUUCAAAGCUCUGAGGCUGAGAUGUACCAUGUUUCUUGGCCUCAAACAGAGCAAAUUAAUCAACCUGAACAUGUACUUCUGAACAAUCAUGAUGGUAACUCAACUAAUCUUGGCCUCAAACAUAUCAAUAUCACUUUUCCUGAGGGCUAGAGUGAUUUUCAACUGGCCAUUGAGGACGGCGAUAAAGGACAUGUAAUUGUUGCUAAAGGGAAAGUCUAUCAAGAUAAGGCAGGAGAAGUUAUCAGAAAUCAUGUUCGAUCGCUACCCCCUAGUCACCGCCGAGUCUCUAUUGUAGAAGAUAUUGUGCUGAAUGCUCCCUUGCCAUGUCCAAAUGAAUAAUUAAUCUUUGUUUGCCAAGCUAAGAAGAGUUACACUUCUUGGCCAAUUCACUUGAUUCUUCCCGUUAAGGCUGAUGUGCACCUGGAUAAAGACGUGACUACUCCAUCCCCAAGAUCGGCAUCAUCCCAAACAUCAACCACUGACAUGCAUCUUUUCGAAGCUGAAGAUUGUGAAAAAGUGACUACUAAUUGGUUACAGUCGUUAAAAACUCAUGCUUUGGGAAUGAAAAAGAAAAGAGAUCGGAGCUGCUCACUUGAAUAUUUUCAUGAAGGAAAGGUACUUGAAAGAGCAAUGUCAAGAAGAAGGAAUUUCGGUCGGAAUUGGAUGUUAGCUGUGAUUAGCCCUUGGAAUGGGAUAGUCUAUUGGUUGGACCCAGGUGGAGCAGACACCAUACCUGAGUUUGCUAAAACAGUCAUCAAUGAGGGAAUCAAACAAUUUAGCGCUUUCCAUCGCAAGGAUAUCAAGAAAAUAAAAAAGGAUGCAUAUAUUGGGUGGAAGCAACCAAAGUGUCCUAGCCAUCCUAAACACAGGAAGGACUAUGGAUACUUUUUGUGCCGGUACAUGCUCGAGAUUUUAGAAAAAAGGGUGUUAUGGAUUACUGACAAGGUCUUUACUCAAGAAGCUUAUUCAUUGGAAGAAAUUGAUGAGAUACGAGAUAUUUGGGUUGAAUAUUUGCUUAAGCAACUAAACUAAUUAAGCUGAUAAAGAAGUCAAAGAUAGUAUGGUUGAUGUUUAGUGCCAUGGUUUUUUUUUUUUUUUAGUGCCAUGGUUGAUGUUUAGUGCCA